AUGGUGAAGGACGGAGUGAGCACAUUUGUCUGUAUUGGGCGCCUGGUCACCAGGGCUGCUUUUAACUCUGGCAAAGUGGAUAUUGUCACCAUCGAUGACCCCUUCACUGACCUCAACCACAUGGUGUACAUGUUUCAUGAUUCUACCCACAGCAAAUUCCAUGGCAUGGUCAAGGCUGAGAAUGGGAAACUUGUCAUCAACGGGAAGUCCAUCUCCAUCUUCCAGGAGCAAGAUCCUGCCAACAUCAAAUGGGGUGAUGCUGUGGAGUCCACUGGGUUCUUCACCACCAUGGAGAAGGCUGGGGCUCACUUGAAGGGCAGGGCCAAGAGGGUCAUCAUCUCUGCUCCUUCUGCUGAUGUGCCCAUGUUUGUGAUGGGCGUGCACCAUGAGAAGUAUGACAAUUCCCUCAAGAUUGUCAGUAAUGCCUCCUGCACCACCAACUGCUUGGCUCCUCUGGCCAAAGUCAUCCAUGACCACUUCAGCCUUGUGGAGGGCCUCAUGACCACCGUCCAUGCCAUCACUGCCACCCAAAGACUGGAUGGUUCCUCUGGGAAGCUGUGGCGUGAAGGCCGAGGGGCUUCCCAGAACAUCAUCCCUGCUUCCACUGGCGCCACCAAGGCUGUGGGCAAGGUCAUCCCUGAGCUGAACAGGAAGCUCACUGGCAUAGCCUUCCGUGUCCCCACCCCCAAUGUGUCAGUUGUGGAUUUGACCUGCCGCCUGGAGAAAGCUGCCAAAUAUGACGACAUCACAUUCUUUUCUUCCAAUGUUAAAAACAGUGAAGAGAAAACCUGUAAUUGUCAGAUGCAGUCAUAA